AAUGGGGACAGUUUUGGAAUAUUUUGGAUUUUGGGAUUCCGGAUAAGGAACCGCAGCAAGGCCUGCCAUGAUUUAUUGUGACCUGCAAUAAAAAGCGCGUCCGGUGCCUUGAAAGCCGCGGCGUUUCAUCGCAGAGGGCUGUGGUCUGUGUGCGUUUACGAAGGAAGAACUCCGAUUCUAAUCAGUGGGGCUUACUCUUAAGUAAAUACGCACAAGCCUUCAUAGCGUGGGAUUGGUAAAACAGGAGUAUGUCACCGCAAAGCAAAUAGGAACUGAGGAUUAGAUAAAGCUACUCCCAGCGAGCAAAGACAGAAAUGAAAGGCGUCUUAGCAGGGCUUUUGCAAAAGGGAACGCCAGUUUCUGCUACUACACAACCCCCAGAAUUUGCCUGAUGGAGGAACCAAUCCAGUUGUGUGCGUCACCCUAAAUUAUCCCCAUAAUGGGGAUUCAUAGAAAUUUUGACUUGCCAUUCAGCAGCUGGAUUUGGAUCAAGGCUGCUGCUUUCCAGAUGUGGCUGGAUUGCAAGUCCCAUAAUCCUGAGCCAGCAGCAGGGCUGUAGAGUUGGAGCCGUCGGGACACAGUACUUACAACUAAAGUCUUACUAGGCCGCGAUCGUUUGGGUCCGGGCUUUUCAUGGCGUGAAAGGCGGCAGCCAUCCCGAGCGGGGCGAUCUCUUUUGAUGAUCGUGUAAGGCGGCCGUUUUCUCCGGAACAAAGGAACGACUCCUAAGACAUGGUUGGGAAGCUGAAGCAGAACUUGUUGCUGGCCUGCCUGGUGAUCAGUUCGGUGACGGUCUUCUACCUGGGCCAGCAUGCCAUGGAGUGCCACCACCGCAUCGAGGAACGGAGCCCACCGGCCCAUCCAGAGCUGUCCUGGCCCACGCCGAGGAAUGCCCCGGCUCCCAAAGACAACACCACCAUGGCCUACAACAAGGAUAUGCCUUUGAUCUUUAUCGGUGGGGUCCCCCGUAGCGGGACCACCUUGAUGCGGGCCAUGUUGGACGCUCACCCGGACAUCCGUUGCGGCGAGGAGACUCGGGUGAUCCCCAGGAUCCUAGCGGUCAAGCAGAUGUGGGCGAGGUCCAGCAAGGAGAAGAUGCGGCUGGACGAGGCGGGCGUCACGGACGAAGUCCUGGACUCGGCCAUGCAGGCCUUCCUCUUGGAGAUUAUCGUCAAACACGGGGAGCCGGCCCCUUACCUCUGCAACAAAGACCCCUUCGCUCUCAAGUCCUUAACUUAUCUCGCUCGGAUUUUCCCCAACGCCAAAUUUAUCUUGAUGGUCCGGGACGGCAGGGCUUCCGUCCAUUCCAUGAUCUCCAGGAAGGUCACCAUCGCCGGCUUUGACCUCACCAGCUACCGGGACUGUUUGACCAAGUGGAACCGGGCCAUUGAGACCAUGUACAACCAGUGCUUGGAAGCGGGCUUGGACCGGUGCAUGAUGGUCCACUACGAGCAGCUGGUUUUGCACCCGGAGAGGUGGCUGCGGACGCUCCUCAAGUUCCUCCACAUUCCCUGGCACCCGGCUGUCUUGCACCACGAGGACAUGAUCGGGAAGGCCGGCGGCGUCUCUCUUUCCAAAGUGGAAAGAUCCACGGACCAAGUGGUCAAGCCGGUCAAUGUGGAGGCCUUGUCCAAGUGGGUGGGCAAGAUCCCCCUGGACGUCCUGCAGGACAUGCCGGUCAUCGCCCCGAUGCUGGGCAAGCUGGGCUACGACCCUUACGCCAACCCCCCCAACUAUGGCAAGCCGGAUCAGAAAGUCCUGGAAAACACGCGGAGGGUCUACAAAGGUGAAUUUCAGCUCCCCGAUUUCCUGAAAGGGAUGCCACAGCCGAAGAAGACGGCAGAAAGGAAGCCCCACGUCAAGAUAAAAUGAACCGGAGAACCGAAACCGGAAAGUACAGAACCGAGGGCGUGAAAUAGAAGAACGGCUGCGGGACUUUGGGAAUGCAGGCUGCUUUUCGGAAAGAAAAACAUGGCGGUUGCGUUGGUGAUGAUUGGGUUCCUCCAAGCUGCUUUCCUUCGCUCCUUCCGGAAAUACGUCCCCAUUUCAUCCUGUUGUCUCUUGGAUCUGUACAUUUCAUUUUGAGCACAUUAUGGCAAAUCCGAAAGCUGAACUUUCAUGUUUUGCUUUUUCCACUGGAAGAAGGGCAGUUUCCCCCCUCGUUUCUCUUUUUCUCCCCCCAGAAGAAGGUUUUAUGGUGGAACAUAACAAUAAUAAUAAUAAUGAUUAUGAUUAUGAUGAUGAUGAUACAGUCCACUCCCUCAAAGUGGAUUCUUCCCUUGAACAUCUAACGCAGCUUGACGGCGUUGUUUUCGUCUUAGUUAGCGGCUAGGUUUAUUUUGUUUCAUGUCGUUGCGCAGCUGUCUCUUCCGUAUUACCGCCUAUUUUCUUCCUUUGCCUCACUCCGAUGUUUCUUGGGGGGGUUGAAUAUCUCUGUGCGUCACCAUCUUUAUCACACCUCUCAUAUCUAGGCUCUUGAUCGAUAGCGAAGCAGAACCGUGCGCUUUUGGAGGUUGGAAUUGAAUCCGUCGGUUGAAACGCGGUGGCGGUGUCUCCUCCAGCAAUGCUCAAAGCCUGCGAUCUCCACUGUUCCUUGCAGUUCAAGGUCUUUGCAGGCGGUUGUUUGACAUCCAUUCUUGUUUCUUUGCCAACAAAGACAGUCCCUCAGAUUGCCGUCGGGGCAGGAGAAACCGUAGCAGCAAAACGCAGCGUCGUGUUGCAUGCGGCGAAAGCUGUCGGUGCGUAAGACGUGUCUGUAUGGGGGGGUGCGCCGUAAUGGCGUUGGUGUGGCGCAGCCCCUCCGUCUGAUGUUCCCACAACUCCUUUUGCUAUAAAGCCAAAACGGUUUGCGCCUGGCUGUUGCCGUGGCGACCAACAUGAGCGGACUAGGCCGCAGCCACUGUGGUAGUAGUUACAUGACGCGGAGCACCCUCUGACCAUAAAAGGGCAAUAGUAGUGUGGCAGGCUCUGAUUGGUGGACCAGAGUGCGUUGCCGACUGCUGAUUGGACGGGACGGAACUGUGGUCUGAAACCCAACUGUAUAAAAGCCUCUUGUCCUCCCACUAAUGGCUGCUGCUCCGGUCUCAUGGAGUCCUGGGAUGCGCAGUUUGCGUCGGGCAUCUCUCACAAAAACUACAAAUCCCAGGACUCUGUGGCGCAGGAGCCGCCGCACAAUGCCGCCUCGUGUGGCGCGGUUUCUGUCGCGUUUCUGCGUGCUUUUUUGAGCUUUGUGGCUGUGGAGAUUUACAUGGAAGAAAUGUAGAAAGCGAUCUGGGUUUCUGCUCUUGCACUUUAGCCCUUAAAUGGGGGAAAUCCAAAUGACGGGUUUUGAGAGCUCCGACACCCAUCGUCCCCGGUUGUGAAGGUCCAAACUGUGUGGUGGGUCAACCCCCCCCCCCCAAUUCCCUUUUUGGUGUGGCUGCAUUUAACCCCAAUACAGAGGAGUUCAGAGGAGGCUGGACUCCAACUCCCAUCAGACCCAGGCACAGUGGGCCUUGGAAGAGGAUGAUGGGAGUUGGGAUACGCCAGCCAUUUUACCUUGUGAUUUAUUAUUAUUAUUAUUGUGGCAAAAAGAUGGAUUUCUGUUCCUGGUUUUGUUUGACUUCUUCCCCCCAUUUUCUGGACACGUGAAAACGACCUGAUUUGUAAUUAAUUUAAGGAGAAAGAGGCGGAAAGAAAAGAGGUUUAGAGUCCGACGGCCCUUUUUGUACUGUUUAUUUUUCGAAAUAAACGCUUUAAAUGUG